AUGAAUAAUAUAACUGCACAAAUAAAAAGCUCUUAUUAAGGAUAUCACAAACAAGCAGGAGUUUCAACAAAACUACCCAAUGAAUCAGCAGCAAACUGCAUAAAACCUGAUAAUGAUAAAAAUCCUGGAACACCUGAACAUGUAAAAAAAUAUAGAAAAUCUUACAAAAUGCAAAGCGGUGUUACAAUUUUACAUCAUGGUGUAAAGGAUGAUCCUAAACCAAAUGAAAACUUUAUUUAUGGGAAAAAAGUCGAAGGAUCAGACCAUGUAACAGAUGUAUUUGAUGGAUCUAAGUAAUAAGGGAUAAAGUAAAUGAUAAACUAAUUAAAAGAAGCCUAAUAUGCUUCAAGAACUUUAGAGCCUUUGGGAGAACCGAUGAAAAGAAAUUAUCAGUUUCCAGAUUAAGUUCACGAUGAAAGCUUUAAAUUUGGAUUAGCUACAAAAAACAGUGAAUAUACAGCAAAAGAAGUAAUGUUCCCUUAAAAGCCAAUAAUGAAUGAUUCAAAAACUCAUUAAUAAUAUGUUUUCACUCAUGGAAACUUUGAAGCAGGUGAAUAAAAAAGCAGAGAUUAUAACUGGCCUGUAGAUCCAAAAGAACAUCGUUUUGGAAAAUUUGAAAAAACAGUCACUAAUCAAGCCUAAUUAGCUGUACAUUAAGAUUCUAUUCCUAAUGAAUUUCCUAAAACAAUAAUCCUUAAAAAAAAAUAAGAAGAUUUUAAAAACUAUCAUGAAGAUCAUCUAGGAUAACCAAAAAAUUUGGGAUAAACAAACGCUAAAAAUGAUCCUAACAAAGUUUUUGGAGCAAGAUUAGGUGGUCCUGAUGAAUGGAAUGCCGGAAAAUGUAUUAGAGGAGAUGGUACCUUAAAAGAAGUUCAACCCGAUAAAGAUUUAGGAACCACUAACAAGUUUGGAUUUAGAAACCUUCCUAAACCUGGGGAUGAAAACAGAAUUUUUGGAACACCUACUAUUAGAGAUGAUAUUAUGAAACCUUAAGUGAAAUCUAUAGCUGACCCUAAUAAUUAUGGCGAUGAAAAGCCAGCAGUUAAUUUAUUGUUUCCUUAAAAAUAUCAUUAUAUGGGUGUUGAUGAAUAAGAUUUCUUAUUGAAAAGAAAUAAAUAAGAAAUAAAAGAAAUUUUCAAAAGUAUUGGAUUUGAUUAUAAAGCUGGUAAAUUCGAAGGAAUUUAUAGAAGAGCAUUAGAAUUUUAAAACACAAAUGAUGAAAAAGUAUCAAUUAAAAAUUUUAUGUAAGCAAUUUAAGAAAUGCAUCAUAUUGAAUGA